AUAUAAUCUUAUUUCACGAUUUUCAUUUUGAAACUAAAGUUAUUGUGAAAAUAACAAUAUUCUUUUUUUCUGUGCCCGGCGACGCAAUCUCCACUCUUUUCCGAUUGAAUCGAAUAUUACGUUACGUGCAGGAUAAACCGUCGAGGGUCCUCACGAGGACGGCUUCCUCGCGCCGGCUCCGUCGCGCCGACGAUCGCGCGAAUCGACCGUUACUGAUACAUCAUCCGGCUCCUCCGACUGAAACGACCACGUCGUCAUUGUCCACGUCGUCCGACUCGAGUUCCAAUGUUCGUCCGGAGUCCGCUCGCAGGAUCAGCUCCACGCCGACGACGUUCCCGGAUGGCGUCGCGAGGAGGAGUUUGAACUUCCGACGCGGGAUCCGGAGAGCCGAGGAUGAGGGAGGCAAGAGGGAAGAUCGCGGGUCGAGGAUACGAAGGUGCUCGCCGAUGGCGAAUCCCUCGCGGCGCCGUCCGACGGUAGUCGACAUAACGAGCCUCGACUACGGCGCCCAUCGGCACAGGCUAAUCGAGGCGACCCUGAAGAAGAAGUACGACGACCGCCAGCCGCCGGGCGACGUCGUCCUGAACUCGCUGCACCUGAACGCGGCCGACUCGGUGAUCGGCGUGCGCCUGAACGACCGAUACGAUCACAGCUUCUUCGACUUCGUCGAGGAGUACUACGUCGCCCGUGGGGCGGGUGGGAGCCGUGAGAACGUCGAGCGUUCCCGUCCGCUGGACCAUUUCCUGCCGACGGGACGCGCGAGGAGGCCGCGGACCAGCGAGAAGGAAACGGAAACGACGAUCCCCGGCAAUGGCGCCGAUCGCGGACGGAGUAACGGAAAUCAUCUUCCGGAAAAUGGUAAUCCCGCGAAAUUGCCCGGCACGGACGACAAUGGAAAUCCGUGCGGGCGAGAUGCCCUUUCAUCGACGGGCGAUCGAGAUGCGCCGGUUUCGAGAGGCUACUCCCUUCCGCGCGAGAACCAAACUAUCACCGCGGAACGCGACGCAAGCCAUCGAGCCACGUCGCCGGGAACAAGUCGGGAAGCCGGGGGAACGGAAUCGCCGAGAACGAGCGAGUCGAAGAAAAGAUCGGAGGACCAGCCGACAACAAUACCCGUCGUGCCUCCGUUGUCCGCGGACAAACGUUCCGCCGGCGGCGGCAACGGCGGCGGAGGGAGGUCGAGCUUCGUUUCGGCGAGCUCCGGCGAGAUCGCCAGCGUCCGGUCGCGCGAGUCAUCGCCGUCGCGUCGUCCCCCGUGGAUGUCGGGGAACGGCGGCACCUCCUUCAACAGGAAGUACUGCGGGGAGACCUUCGGGUCGUGCGCGAGGCCGAUGUCGGCGCGCGGAAGCGUCGGCCCGCAGAGAUCGGCGGCUCCGUCUUCGCAGGGAAUUCCCCGCGCGGUCGGGGAAUCCCCGGCGGCAUCGACGCGCCUUAAUCCCGCGCUGUUGCUCGCCGGUCGACGGAAAGCGGUGAGUUUCGUCGCCGCGUCGCCGCGGAGCGGGUCCAAGGAGCGAGUCGUCGCGACGGGGGGGAUUGACAACGAGGCGAAGGGACGAGCACCGAGGACGCUGCCUCGUCGCUGCCCGACGACGACGGCGAGGAGGAGGCGAUCGCCUCGGACCGCCGACGCGCCUGCCGCUGCGCCCGCGAGCGAAACUGCGGCGGCGACAAAGGCGGCGGAAUUAAUAACGACGAGCCGAUCCAACGGCGCCGAGGGCGCGAGGGGGAGGAGGGGCCCGACGGCGGCGGUCGGUAAUAACGCGCGAGAUCGACGGGAGGAUCCACCAUCACCGACGGCGAGCGCGAAAUUAAAUCCACGCGGCGGAAGGCGGCGGCGGUUAAGAAGCGCGGAGAAUCCCUCGGAGGGCGCGUCGCUAAGCCCGCAGAUUGAAUUAUCCGCCGAAGUGUUAAACCCGGGCGACGAUACCGAUAAAUCCGCGAUUCCCGACGGCGGCGCCGGGAGACGCCCCGCUCAGGAGGGGCUCGCGCGCGCCCGGAUCGAUCCGAGGGGAAGGAACACGAGCGAGCGGGAAGCGCGAAGCGACGUCAAGUCCAACAGCAUCGUCGAUCAGCUCUCAACAACGUCGUCGUCGAGAGUCACGCGAGGGAGACCAGCCAGCGCGAACGAUCUGCCCGCCGCGAGGGAUGCGAAUGCCACCCUCGCGGUCCCGCGCGGCGACGAGGACUCGCUGCUGCAGCUGCCGCGACGCGACUCCAAGAUAGGACUGGCGAUGAAUUCCGCGCUGAGGAGCUACGUCGAGAGGCUGAAGCGGGGUCUGCUGAACGACGGCGACAGGGACGGCGUCGUCUUGGCGUCCCUGAGCCUCUCGGACGCCGUGGCCGUCCUGUCGGAGGAGCAACGGACACCGCUGUCACCCGUGGAGAUUCAGGAGCUGCAGGCCGUGCUGGACAGGGUCGAGAGGAAUCCCGAGCUGUUGUGCAAACUGUCGUGCCACAGCGGCGGGGGCGUCGCAUGACUCAAAAAU